UUUUAGGAGUAAUCAGAGGAAAAAUGAGGGCAGAAGGGACCCAAAUCAGCAUUCUCAGCCCCCUGAGACACACGGGUAUCUAAGCUAUGUGGUUUCCCUUGGGGACCACAGGGACCUUCAUCCUGCUUGGAUUCUACCUUUACCCUUGGGAGUGAGCAAGAAACUGAGGCCCAGGACAGGUCAAGAUGGGGUUUAUAUUCUCAAAAUCUAUGAAUGAAAACAUGAAAAAGCAACAGGAGUUUAUGCUUAUGAAUGCUCGACUCCAGCUGGAAAGACAGCUAAUGAUGCAGAAUGAAAUGAGAGAAAGGCAAAUGGCUUUGCAGAUUGCUUGGUCUCGAGAAUUCCUCAAAUAUUUUGGAACAUUUUUUGGCAUUGCAGCCAUCUCUUUAACAGCUGGGGCAGUAAGAAGGAGGAAGCCAGCCUUCCUCUUCCCGGUCAUUCCGUUAGGCUUCGUCUUCACCUACCAGUACGACUUAGGAUAUGGAACGCUUCUCCAGAGAAUGAGAGGUGAAGCUGAGGACAUACUGGAAACAGAAAAGAGUAAGUUGCAGCUGCCAAGAGGAAUGAUCACUUUUGAAAGCCUUGAAAAAGCCAGAAAGGAACAGAGUAAAUUCUUCAUAGACAAAUGAAGUUAUGUUUACCCACUGAAUCUCAAAUCACAUCAUUGUUGACUUGAAUCAUGGUUUUUACAAUUUUUUAGAUGCUUGAGAUUUUGAUAUAAUGGAUAUUAUUUUAAAAUAUUAAAAGGCAAUAUGGGUUUUGUUACAUGAUUUUUAAAUAAAAUUUAUAACAUUCAACACAAAAUCAUGGAGGUACUCUAAGUAACUUUCUUAUUUCCUAUAUAUGUGUGUAUUACAAAUAUCUAAAUGUAUAAUUAACAAAUUAUGUUGUUUUGAAUUUCUGGAAGCAAACGUCCUACUGCUCUCAUUUCUCUGCCACACACACGUUCCCUAUCACAUUUCUCCCCCACCAACACUUCUUUUAUUUGAAUUUGUCAACUGUGUCCUGUUUCCACAUGAUAGAAAACAACUAAUAUUAAUGACUAACAUGAAUAUUGUACUUAUUAUGGCCACUUAUUUUUUUUUUUUUUGCACAUAUUAUGAUCAUCCCAACAAUCCCAUGAGGCAGGCAUCAUUUUAUGGAUGUGGAAACUUGGGCACAGAGAGCUUGAAUUACUUGCUAGAACAUAUGUAGACAGAACUGGGACUUGAACCUAAAUAGUUUGGCUCCAGUGAAUAUGCUCUAACAAACGAAGACAGCUAUGAAAGACAAAAAGGAAGAACAUUCAAAUAAUGACUCAGGACAGAGUUGCUGAAGAGGUGGCAAUGGGGUCAGGUUAAGAUGCCUCUCGUUUUGCUUCCACUCACCAGGAAACCUAUACUCAUAACCCUAUUUAUCCCCAUUCCUAAAGUUGCAAACCCUAUAUAUUAUAGUUCCAAAGAUAUUUCCUGAUACCUACUGUGUAUCAAGCACUACUGUAGGCACUAGGGUUAUACGGGUGAAUGUGCAGACAAGGUAGUGCAUCCCAGGCAAAGGAAUAUGUUCUAGUAAGGGUUGGAAGAACUGAGGAAAGGAACAAAUAAACAUGGAGAUAGCAAGGCCAUUUCUGAUGGCAAUGAAUGCUCCAGUAAAAAUAAAACAGGACGGUAAGAGAGUGAUAGGGAGGAUGUGGGGGUGGGGGAAACGGCAGCUAUGGAUCUGGGACAGUCUCUCCAGAGACUACCUCUCUACAGAGGUAGUAUUUGAGCUGAUACUUGAAUGAUGAAUUAACCAGUCCUGUGAAGAGCAGGUUUGGGGACAGGAAAUGGAUCUCAGCAAAGGGAAGAGCCAGAGGAAAGACUUUGAGACCUGGGAUGGCCAAGAAACAGAAAGGCCAAGCACAAUAGGAUGAGAUGAAAUCUGAAGGAGGAAAACAAGCCACUGUUGUAUAUGACAGCCAUUAUACUCAAGCAGCUGACCACAUAUCAACAAGGUUCUGAUAUAAUCAUAGUCGUAGAGACCCUUGGGUGAGAUCUUGAAGGAUAUAUUAAGUUCUCCAUGAAGAUAAGGAGGUGUAGAACAAUGACAUGCUGGGCAGAAGAAAAGGCUUGAUUAAAGGCAAGACAGGAUGUCACAUCCAGAGAUUUGCUACUGGUUGGAUUUGCGUAGGCCAGAGGGUUCCUCCUGUGAGGGACUUGUUAAGAAAUGCACCUGGAGGCACAGAUUAUCUCCGGAAUGGCUUUGGGUUUAAGGAAUUUGCAUCCUGAGAGGAAUGGGCAUGAAAGACUCUGCACUGGGUGUUACUGGAAUUAGUCUACUAUAGGGGGAAGAUCCCAGAGCCCAUGCAAUGAAGGACUGCUACAGUCCACCUGAGUACUGACCAGGGCCUGAACUAAGGCUGUGGAAUUGAGGACAGGUUUAGGAAAGUGCCACAAAAGAAUAGCAAAACUGGGAAAGUAGUUGGAGUUUGUGGAGCGAAAAGGUGAUAAGUUCUCUUCAUUGAAUGAUUAGCAUGGAUUUUCUGGAGGACACGGGAAAGAAAUGAUUGAGAGGCACACUAGUGGUCUAAAGGAUGCUUCACAUCUAGCACUGGUUCACAGAUGAUGUAAAGGAAGUGCAUUUCUCUCCCCCUAAGUUCAAUUAUGCUGUCCAAACAUUCCUGACACAGCCCAGCCAGGGCUACUGAGAAUGGGCCGGAGUGUCCUGCAAAGACUGACUGGCUGAAAAGCUUACACGAGAUUUGUGUCACUGUGCAACACAGCAGGCUGGGGGCCCUCUGGACCACCAGGCCAUUCAUUUGUAUUGGUUUCUCACCCUGGCAUUAAUAAUCAUUACUCAAUACAGCCUCUGCUAAACACACACACUCACAUUUUUGUUUGUCCCUAUUGUGAGGCAAAACUCAAAGCAGAGCUAUUAAAUAAUGACUUUGGAAUUCAACUGUAUUAAAAUAUAUUCCAAUUGUCUUUGGUAUUACUGAUUAUUCAAUGCUUUUCCCCUUAUUUAUUAUUAAGUAUAAUAGUACUUAUAUUAUGAAAUAUAAUUUAUAAUUGAAAGGACAAAUAUAUUUGCUCUGACACUCCUGAGCUGUUUCCUAGCCAUCUGUGUUAAUACUUGCAUUAAUUACUAUUGUUAUUAUUAUUAAAUUAUGAUUACCAACUAGA